AAGCGUAAGAAAAUCGACCAAUCCCUAUUGAAUAUUAGGUUGUCCGUAACCCCACCACUUUUGUCCGCAAAACGUAAAACGUAAUGUCGAAAAAUUCCGUAAGGAUGAAAUUCUUACGGCGUACGGCUAUGGCCAACCAAUCACGAAGCACGAGAUACAUACUUUUUAAGUUUAAAAUGUAACGUCAAACUAGUAAGGUUAUGUGUACAUACAGCAUCCGCAGCAAAAUGAGUGAUCACAGUCAAUAUUGUAAUACUGCAGUUCAAGAAUUAGGAGAUGAUGAAUUAGUUCACGACAAUGAUAACUUAAAAGAAAGUGAUGAGCUGCUUAUUGAUGCAGUGAGAGCAUACCCGCACCUGUAUAACCACCAAGACCGGAAUUUUAAAGACCAAAUGAUGAAAGAGAAUUCAUGGAAAGAAAUAUCCUUGGCUGUGAACAUUCCAGUUUCUGAUUGUCAAAAUCGGUGGAUAAGGUUGCGUGAAAGAUUUGGAAAAGAGAAGCGCCAACGAGAGUUAGAUUCAAGGAGUGGCAGUGGAGUUUCUCGACGAACUGGUUUUACUUAUUAUGAAAAUAUGUCAUUCCUAAAUGAUCACAUUAAAAGAAGAAAGACCCACACAAAUAUUUCAAGUUCAAAAAUUCCAAAGACUGGAGAGGUUCACACACACGUUUCAUUGGGCACAGCUUUAUCAGCGAUUCAAAUGCAGCCAUAAAUAAAUAAUGAAAACGUUACAAGAACAGAAGCCCAAACACCCAAUAUCCCUUUACAACUCUCCAACACAGGAGAUGAAGGAUUCAUCUCAUCAUGUACAAACUUUUCAUUACCAUUUAAGAAACAAAUUUUGCAACACGCUGGCACUACUUCAUCAACUAUUUUAUUAGAAAAUAGUCCCUCAACAUCAAGUAGUAUAUCUAGGCGUUGUACAGAUACACCUUGCAAUCUAAAUGAAUCUGAUGAAUCAACCAGAAGCUCACUGUUUUCACUCAGAGA